ACUACUCUCACUUCCGAACGUUCGACGACGAUAUCAGCGCAAUCAUCAACCGAUUGGAUGGGCUUGGGCGAACUUUGGAGACACUCGAAUCCUUGCGGCCUAGUGUCGAGAUUCCUGGCAAUGCAGUGUCAGGUUAGCUCCAGCAGGCCAUCGAAGCGUGUGCAACAGGGCUCUUGGAUCUGCGAAAAAUGGCGGAGAAGUGCGGUGAAACCGAGAUUCCAACUACAGCACAAGACAAAAGAAGAGCUCUCAAAAAGCGAUUGAUGUGGCCAUUCAAACAGGAAACAGUCGCCAGCAUGAUUAACACCUUAGAUGGACUGCAAGCAAACGUACAGUCGGCUGUGCAGCUCCUGGGUAUUGAAACAAACUAUCGAGGACAACAGUCGCUAGAAACCAGUAUUACCCGGGUUGAGCACUUUCAGGUCCAAGCCUUGACGACCAUGCAGCAAGGGUUCACUGAUCUUUCCCAAGGUCGUAUGAGCAGCAACGAAGCCGUGAAACUCCUGGACGAAUCCAAGCAGAUGUGCUCCCAACUCGCAAACAUGGAAAAGAAGCUGGACAUGUUGCUGGUCGUUGACAAUGUAUACCACACUCAGUCUCCCACCAAACCCUGCGCCUCUCAAGCUCGGAGAAUAUCAUCAAGAUGCACAUGCCGCAAGACGCGUCAAACACAACGGUGGUGGUGGGGUCUGUUCGACCUGGAAACUACAAGAGAGACGGAACACAGUCCAACUUGCCAGUUAUCUCGAUACGGCAACACUACCUUCACGUUUCAGGCUGACUGCAAGUCGUUGACGCGGUUGUUGAAUCUUGAGAUAAGAGCGGGUGUCUCAUAUAUGCGAAUGUCGGGUUGUUACAGCAUGCAGCCGAUGUUGACUGUCAGGCCUAUAGUGCCAAUGACAUCACCUUCUUUUGCUCCUCUCUACGGGAUUAAAAACAAGAUGGGCUGCACAUGUCGACGGGAGGAUCUCUAUUGCAGGUGGUGCGGUACAGCUGCGGCAGCACCCUCACUCUUACAGACAGCACUGAACGAGGCUAUUCAAAGCUUUCAUGAUGGAACGGCUUCUCCCUACGAUACGACCGAGAGAGGCGUAUCUGUGUUAAACCUUGCCGACCAAGCUCCUUAAUAAGUUCGUUCAUGGCGGUCACUUCCUGCAUCACAGGGAAUUAACCAAUGUGAAAUUUGGGUUUGAGACGGCGUGGUUUAUUCACGAGGAUAAAUCUAUCCUGCAAGACGCCUAUGUCGUUUAUUCUCACCGCAUUUCAAUUGCAGAUUCAUGG